CAAAAGAAAAUUUAUUUGAAAAAAAGUGUUGUGUGGUGUUGUUGAAGGAAAUUUUUUUCAGAAUUUUUACCUAAUAAAUGGUUACAAAGUAAAAAAUUUUGCUUGAAUAGGUGAUAAUUGUCUGAACUUGAUUGCUGCAAGCCGAAAACCAACCGAAAAUGGAUUCCCUGGGAUCGGAAAUUGGCCAGAAGAUGCGGAGCGCAGUCAAGGCAAAAUUGAUCGAAUUGGGUACAGGCUCUGCCAGUGGAUACAUCGAUGAUGAGCUGCCGGAUUACGUGAUGAUUAUGGUUGCAAACAAGCGUUCGAGGCAGCAGAUGGUUGACGAUUUGAAUCUAUUUCUGGGGUCGCAGACAGAUGUAUUCGUGAGUUGGUUACAUCAAGUGCUCCAGAAGUUGGAAGAGGUUACACUUCCGGCUAAUAAUGCAGUUGCAAGUAGUUCCGGAGAGAAGGCGACCAAGGAUGUGACUGGAUCAAAGCGGGAUGGUGAUAAGAAAGAUAAAAAAGAUAAAAAGAAGGAUAAAAAAGCUAAGAAAAAAGGAAAAACUAGCGAGUCAAAAGAUGAGUCGGCCAGAGAAGAACAUACACCACCACAUCCGGCCCAGAUUGGGGCAGGCUCUAUACAAGAUGUAUUUGCCAACCAAUUGAUUCAACAUGCAAAGAAAAAUCUUGAUGUAGAUGUUAACGCUACGAAAAAAGAUACUCGGCAGUUGACGCCACCAUUGCGAGAGAAUUCAAAUUCGCGAAUGGGUAAUGAAUUCGAUAUUCCUACAAUUUCUGAAAUUGCUGGACAAAGUGCUAUCCAGAGACACCGAAAAGAAUUAGAGGAGUUGGAGGAGAUUCAACAAAAAAUUAAACAAGCAAAAAAGCAGCUUCAGUCAAUGGGUUCUGAAGAAUCGGAGGAUGAAGACUUUCUGAACAUUAAAGCUAACGAUGAUGAUCUAGAAAACAUCGAGAGUGGGGGUGUGCCAACUAUUACGAAACGUAAAGAAAAACGCAAUUUGGCCCCCGUAGAACCGGUGGUAAAACGACAUGAGCCGAAAGAAGAGGAAGAAAAAAGCAACACUCCCCCACCACCUCCUGUGGCAUCAACACAAAAGAAAAAGUCAAUCAUGGAACGUCUUGGAACUAGACCGGAACCAGCACCUAAAUCUGCACCAGAAAAUGUUCCCGAAGAGUCUUCCAAAAAGUCAACUAUCAUAAGCCUUUCUGCUCAUCGUAGGGAAGAAAGAGAACUUUACGUUCCCAUAUUUCGUAGGAAAGAAAUGGAAGAACAGGCAAAGGCACGGGAAGCCAGAUCUCGUGUCAAUCGCAGUAGAAGUCGAGAGCGAGAUAGAAGACGCUCAUCGCCUCCACCAAGUUUGUCAAGAACAACAACAGCGAGAAGAGAAUCCAGUCGGGAACGGUCACGAAGUAGACGUGAUCGAGACCGAGCAAGAGAACGAGAUCGAACCAGAAGCCGUGAACGUCUCCGGGAGCGAGAUCGUGAUAAGACACGAGAUCGAUCUACCGGUAGGACUACAAAUGGCGCUGAUGUUCGUACAAGAAUUGGAUCACGUGUUUAUGUUCUGCCAUCGAAACCAGAAUACAAAGAAGAGGACGAACUAGAAGUUCCUAUUCCUAGUGUGGUAAAGAUUCAACCGCGUCCGCAGGUACCGAAAAGCAAGCAACCAAGUAAGAAUUUACUUCUAAAAGCAAUGGCAGAAGCGCAACGGUCAACAGCAGCGAAUCUCAAGAAAACUAUCAAUAAUCGAGAUGACUCCAGCACUCGUCCACGCCGUAUGUUAAUUGAAAUACCUGGUGGCAAAAGCGAAGGAACACCCCCGGUUGAUGUACGUUAUGAAUUCGAGGACGAUGAAGAAGAUGAAGUAGAUAUCGUCACCCAAGUGCUUGGAGUAGAUGAUGAAGAUGACGAGUUGCAAAAAAUUCUCAAUUCGAACGAUGAGUACAUCCCGGAACCGGUUGCCGUGUCAAUAUCGAACCAUUCCGUGGCCUCUGACAGUGACAGCUAUGUAUACGUUCCUUCCAAAAAGCACACCGACCAAUCCGAUGUCGAUGAAUAUGAUCCCAAGUUUGUCGUAACCUUAGAUGGAGCAUAUAAGAAAGUUUCUCGUUCUUCGCCAAGCCAUACGCCUCCUCCACCCACCGCCAAGUCUAAACCCUCGAUCAAAGAUCGUAUUGGUUCCAAAGUCGCAUCAAGUGAAGGCAGUGCCACACCUCCACAAGCCCAAGAGGGAGAUGAUCAAGAACAUAAGGAAACUCUCAAACGUCGUAAGGAACGAUUCAGCUUAAGAGCACCUACCAAGGAAAAUAAAAAUACGGACUCAAAAUCUCCAGAAAAAAGAUCCAAAUCCAGCAAAAAAUCUCCAGUAAAGCGUGAGUCUACACAACAGGAACACAACGCUAAACCAUCCAAACGCUCCACAAGUAAUCUGUCUGCCUUCCGGAAUAAAUCUCCUCCGCCGGACCUUAACGAGCUACUCAUGCAACGGACCAAGGAGCUGCUGGUCGAUGAUAGCGUUUCGUCCUCCCCUAUCUAUAUGUCCAAGUCGGAUUACGAAAAAAUAGAGCCCAAUUCAUCGUCUCGGAAACGCAAACGCGUAUCACCCAUACAGUUCGAGUUGACAGAUGACGAUGAGGCAGAGGACAGCGAUGGCGAUGUGUACAAUCACCAUCGGGACCGAACGCACCGGGAACGGCGUUCUCCGGUGGAGAGACGAGCUCCGAUUUCGAUGGAUGACGAUGAGGGUGGCAGCGAUCAUCGGAGCAAUAAUAACAACAACAAUCGAAAGGAUCGUCGUAGUAAAGAACGUGAAUCGGAGCGCAGAUUUGGCAAAGAGGAUUUCCGGAGGAAAGAAGGAAACAGCGCGGGCGCUAAUUCGGGAAAUGUAGGCACUUCAAGUGAGAACAAAUCGCCGAGUAAGAAAAUCAAAAAGCUUGAGUCGAGCAGGAAGUUCGACGAUGUUCCGUCAUUACUCAGUUCAGUGUCAGUGCCUACCGAUAAUCUCUCGAAGAGCAAGGCCAUUAUCAAGGAACGCUGCAAAUAUUUCCCACUUUGUCGCCAGGGCGAUUCCUGCGAGUUUUUGCACCCCAACACCAACUGUAAGGCAUUUCCGGGGUGCAAGUUUGGUGACAAAUGUUUGUACCUCCACCCAAUGUGCAAGUACGACAAAACCUGUGUCCGGAUGGAUUGCAACUACAUGCACUCGAAACCAAUGGCUGGCCAUCCGGGCUAUGUAGCACCUCCUUUGGCGUCAUCAGUUGUACCCGUUCAGAAUUACAAAUCCAUCUCUGCCAAACCAUUGCCUGCGCUGUGCAGAUUUUAUCCGGGUUGUACGAACGGGCUCUGUCCCUACUAUCACCCGAAGAUGUGUCGUUUCGGAAGAAACUGCAUGAACAAGGUGGAGUGCAAUUUCUACCAUCAGGAUAUACCGGCAGGUGGCGUCAGCGACUACCACGAGGUCCCGUCAAAGGAUAAGUUCAAAUGGAUUUCUCCGUUUUCCGCCUAGUUGUGGUGAUGAUGGGUAGCAUUUUAUUUCAUUUGUAAGUUUUUAACUCUUUAUCUUUGAUCAGCGAGCGAUACUUUUGUUGGAUACUGCGUAUGGAUUAGUAUCUCUUUAUCAAUUUUCACUUUGCUACAAACAAACCCUUAUGCAUAAGCUAUUUGAAGUGUUUCAUUGUUUUCCUAGUUCUAAGCGGUAGAUAUUUAUAUUUUAAUUUAUCUGAAUUGAAUCGUGGACUUACCCGCUAGCUGCGUACAACAGCGUAGAGAAAUAUUUUGGAACCAGAAAAAAUAGGAGAAACAAAAUUGUCUUGAAAGCACCGAAUGAUCACGAACACAAGUACCAUCUAUUGGCAACAUUAAACCAUUAGAUCGUCCUGUAAAUAACGACAUUUCCAAUUCUAUGCUCUUGAAUUAUGAAUGAUUAAAAAUAAACUAUAAUUUGUUUGGCGUGCGAAGAAUUAUUAUUAUAAUUUCGUGAACUAUCAAACGGCAGUUAGUUUGAACUAGCAAGAACCGAUCACAAGCAUGCACUUACUUUGAAGGAAGUUUCGAUCAACCGAUUAUUUGAUAGAUCAGCAGUGAACAACAACACGUUAAAAUUAUGCAAACUCUUGAAUAUACAGCUUAGGAUAACCAACCUUAUUAACCCUGCCGGUUCGCUUAGUUUUGAAAGGUUAAUUAAAAGAGGAAAAUAAAACAAAUUACAAAUAUAAUAUUAAUUUUGCCCAUCUGAAA